GACCAUGAGUACCAUGAAGAGAUAAGGGAUUGAAUAGAAGGGGUAAGGAAGUGAUCCAAUAAACUCAACAAUGAGUUGUACAAUAAGCUUCCACCCCGUCAAAGCUCUGCCUUUCCUCUCCCCUCCUAAAUGCAAACCUGGUUUCUCCGUUAUCACUUGUGCGCACAAGAAACAACCUUCGAAUAAUGGAAGCAAUAUUUCUUUGAAGUUAAGCAAUGAUAUUAAAUCUAAUUGGGUGUUUCAAUUUGGACUUUUGGCAACCACUGUUGCAGAACCAGCAUUGGCAGUUACAGGAGUAAAUAAUCAGGAAGAUUUGAUUUGGGUUUUGCUUAAAGCUGGAGUUGUGGGUUUUUGUUACUUCCUUAUCAUGCCACCGAUAAUCAUGAACUGGCUAAGAAUUAGAUGGUACAGAAGAAAUCUGCUUGAGAUGUAUUUUCAAUUCAUGUUUGUGUUCAUAUUUUUCCCAGGGAUUUUGGUGUGGGCGCCAUUUCUAAACUUCAGGAAAUUCCCACGGGACCCAACUAUGAAGUAUCCAUGGUCUAAACCAGAGAAUCCAUCAGAGGUUAAGGGUGGGUUUCUCAAAUAUCCAUGGGCUACUAUUGAAGAUUACGAAUGAGGAUGAAAGGAUUUUCUCCCUAAUUGAAUUGGCAUUACGACUCAUGUAAAUUGAUUACUGCUUAACAUAUAUAUAAGGACCUUUUUAUGCAA